UCAUUGGUUGCUGUAUAUCGCCGCGACAAGAUUGUUCGUAUUAUCUAGGAACUUCUCGUGUCCUAUUUUUCAAUAUAGAAAAGCACUUUUUUUAAGUGACUUAAUUCAUCGGUAAAAGAAAACUUAACCUAUACAAACCUGUACAUACACAUGAAACAGUUUACAGACGUUUUUGACACAAUGGUUGCUCCUGUAUGUCAAAAACGUAAAGUAUCAAAGAAGACGAAAAAAGCCUGGAGAAAACAUAUUGACAUUAAGGACGUUGAUGCGUAUUUGGAUAAUGCAAGACUCGAAGAAAGACUCGGACCUCCGUUGGCUGAAAAGGGGGAUGAUGAAUUAUUUGCUAUAGAUAUUAAAGGAACUAAUGAAUCUGUUGCUAUAUUGAGUAAACGGGAACGUAGGUUAAACCUAUUAAAUAAACCACCAACGUGUUUCGCUAUUUUACGGGAACGUAGCAUGGUCCCUGAUCCAAUUAGUAAACGGAAUCGUGUGAGAACGAUUGAGGAAAGAAAAAACCCGAUUACACGACGCCUGGAGGCUAAGAGGAAAUUAAGUGGACAAUUGAAGUUAAAGGAAAAGAUUGCCAAGGUUAACAGGGCUCAUGCGGAAGCUAAGCGUGCCAAGAAACCUAAAAGGGAUGAUUUUAAUACAGACGUUUGGAAAGAAAAAUCAUUACCAGUUCCCGAAUUAAAUAACGAAUGGAUCAGAUCAGAUACAGUAAGACAUACUCUGACGAAUCUAGGUAUGACUCAAAAGAAAGUUCCAACGACUCUUCACAAGAAAACUUCCGUUUUACCUGCAGUUGAGGCUCCUCAUCCUGGAACGUCAUACAAUCCAUCGUAUGCUGAUCACCAAAAAUUAUUACGUGAAAUUGCAGAAAGUGAAUUAAAAUUGAUGAAGGAAGAAGCUCAUUUAGAAAGAGUUACUUCAAAAAUGUUUAAAAAGAUACCAGGAGAGGACAGAGAUAAGGCACGGUUUGAAGAACUCUCUCAAGGAUUGCCAUUUCAAACAGAAGGUACAGCGAAUGAACCUGAAUCAGAAGACGAUGACCCAACCGUUAAAUCCGUUAAUCCUCCUGUCAAGAAUGCCAAAAAAACAUUAGUUAAAAGGCGGAAGCUGAAAGAACAGAAGGAAUUAGCACAUAAACGAGCUCAAGAAAAGAUCGAAAAGAGAAAAGUGGCAGAUAUUUAUAAACUUAAUCAAUUAAAGAAACAAUUGACUUUUAAAGAGAAGAAAGAGGAAGCAAUGAGGAAGAAAAGGGAUAUUAUUAAGGAAAAAAAAACUUUAGAACCCAAAACUUUGAGUAAAAUUAAAUUUGAACCCGAAGAUCAGGUGUUUCAGUUAGGCACAGAAUUAACUGGGGUACUAAGAACUUCGAAGCCAACUGGUAGUUUGCUCAAGGAUCGCUUUAAAUCUCUUCAACAGAGAAACAUCCUUGCUCCUACGGCCCAAGUUUUAAAACGCAACAAGGCAAAAGUGAAACUAUUCGAGAAAGCAAGCCACAAGAUGGGAUGGGAAGGUACCUUCAAGUGAUAAAGUAUUUUUCAAUAAAAUACUUUAUCUCUCCCCUGUAAUUUACGUUUUUUAAUGUAUAUUUCGUAUCUUUUGACUAUGUUCAAAGGCAACUGUGUAUGUUUAUGCAAAAGAGUUCAAUGCAGAGAUGUUUCACCUUUUUGAAGAUCAUCGGUCCACUUCGAAAUGAAUGCAAUAACAAUUGUUUCCUUUUCAUCGAAAGAACAUUUUCUUCUAGUAUAAAAAUUCAACAAAUUUCUGACAAUGUCUCUUUUUUAUGUAACAUCUCCAGAUUAAUAUGUGUUGGAUCGAAUCCAAGAUCUCCAACCGCAUAAGCAUCCGAAACAAGUGUUACCGAUUCCAUGCUGGGAAA